AGCAACUCUUUUAUUCCAAGAGAGUCUGAGAGAGACUGAGACAGCCUGAGGAGAACACUGUGCGGUUUGAGACUACAGCAAAGCUUCAGAACAACAGCCUUCUUCUGCUCACUUACUUACUGAUCUGCUUACUGAAGGCUUUACAGGGAGUUAAGGGAUCAAACUUGUCUCACAAUGGGAGUUCAGGGUCUGCAGAGCUACAUCGAGAAGAGUGACUUUCUGAAAAGUCACUGCUUUAGAGAAAGCAAACUCAUCAUUGAUGGAUCCAAUCUGUACUACAAUCUUUACUUCAGAUCUUCUCUGGACCAAGCACACGGCGGAGAUUACAAAGGAUUUGAGGAAAUUGUCACAUUGUUUUUUAAGAAUCUUAAAAUGUGCAGUAUUGAGCCCUAUGUGGUGCUCGAUGGAGGGGACGACGUCAGUGGCAAAAAAUUGGAAACCAAUAAUGCAAGACGUCAAGAUAGAAUUGCAAAAGCCAAUACCGUAUCCAGGGGAGGUUCAGGAGAAAUUUUACCCAUUUUUGUGACAGAUGUGUUCAAGCAGAUCCUCCGGAAACUCAAAGUUCCCUUUAUUCAGUGUCUGGGAGAGGCAGAUUGGGAAGUGGCUGCAUUGGCCAACGAGUGGAACUGUCCUGUUCUGUCCAACGACAGCGAUUUUUAUAUCUACAGCCUCGAGAGUGGAUAUUUGCCCAUCCCUCAUUUCCAGUGGAGGGAAGUGAGACAAAAUAAUUACAUUCCUACCAAGUCAUACCAUGUUGAUACUUUAUGUAAUGCUUUUAAAGGCAUGAACAAGUAUCACCUUCCACUUUUUGCCACCAUCCUGGGAAAUGACGUCACCAAACUGGACAAAAGUGUGCUUCCAAACUUCUCUACCAGACCUGGAAGAAGGGCCCAGAUUCAUGGCUUACUCAUGUGGCUGUCACGGUUUCGCAGCCCAGAAGAAGCCAUCACCGCUCUCCUCAGAUCCCUGAGGGGGAAAGCAAUACAUAAGGAAAUGGAAGAUGCAAUACAUCAGGGAAUGGAGGACUACCGACUCACUCCAAGCUCCAUAUCCCAGUUCUUCAUGAGUGGAGAACCACCGAUAAGGCCUCCAGGCCCUUUACAGAACCUGCAAGACUGGACUCUGAAACCUCUGGCAGAAGGCAAGCUGGCUUCCUUCAUCAUUCAAGUCCUGAUACUGAGGAGAGUCAUGAUGAGCAUUCAGGUGGAGAACUUUGGGCUGAACAGCAGCAGUAAGAUGUCUCAGCCAAUUAGACAGAUGAUAUACGGCGUUCUGUUGUGUACCAGGUGGCAGAAAGUUGGUGAUUGCAGCACUUUUUCUGGAAAAGACCAGCAAUAUAAUGUGGAGGAAUAUGACAGGCAGGGAAUAAACCUGACCAGCUCCAUGGUUCCAGCUUUUCCACCAAGACGUGUAACAGACCUUCACCUGGACUCGCUGUGGGAGUCACCGGAGAAUGUGCGCCUGCAGAUCCUGUUGGAUGCUCUGUGUGUGUCUUCGGCGUUCAAUUCACUCCUCAUCCCAGCAAAUCUGCAGCUAGCCGUGUAUGUCACUGGUUUCUGGCUGAAACAUGCACAGCCCGAGCCAACAGCCAAAAUGUCCUGGGCUUUACUCAUCAACCUGGUCUACGGACACCUGUGCAGAGAACAUCAGACUGAGAAGGAGGCAGGCACUGUGAUUUCAAGGAUUAAAAGCCUUCAGGAUCGCAAAAGUGAGACGCAUUUGGACCUGGAGCUGGCUCACGCUUACUGUCAGUGGCUGUCCUGUUUGAAGGACAGCUAUGUUCUAAACCAGCUGCUGAACUGUCCAGUGCCCGAACCGGAGCUAGCAUGGUUAUACAACGGCCCUCUGGUACACACCAUCGCUCACGAGCUGAUGAAGGGCGUUGAACCCGAGUCUCUUUUCGCCGGAGCCUCUUUCGCCGUAGAGCUUUACCGAAAUCUACAGGCUGCUGUGAAGCGCAACGAUCCAGCGGAUGAUCUGAGCAAUGUGUUCACACAUCUGAUGUCCAAUAAAAAGAACAGUGCGAAUGUGUGAAGAGGCGGUUUACUAAUGAACUGAAUCUGCCUGGUUUUUAAUUUAGCACUGCUUUUUUUCAGACCCUGUGAUUAGAGUCUCUGUAAUCAUUCACCUUUCUGAUUUAUUAUUUCCACCACAUCACCAUCACCCUGGGUUUAACGAACUGAGUGUUUUAAUUGUGAAGCAUCUCAUGAAUUGUACCAGAUGUAUUUUUAUCCCCACAAGGGGGAGCUGUUAUUCACAUGUGUAUUAUCAUGUAAUCUACUAAUAAUCAGCUUGCUAAAGUUAUAUGAAGAGCUUUUAGUAACAAACAGGUAGAAAGCUGCAGGUGCGAAUAAUGCAUUCUUUCCUGUUAUUUUUCUUUUUGCAUAAUAGUUUAAUAGGAGACGUAUGUGUUCUGGUCUUGGCUUGUUUUUACUCUAAGCGGUUCUGUGCAUUUUUAUGUGAUGUGUGCAUUUCAGCUUAUAAUCUUCUGUUUUAUAUCAUAUGUGGUGGGAAACAUUCCAUAAAGAGGAAAAAGAUAAUAAGCCUACUGAAGAAGUUGUUCAAUAAUGUUCAAUAGCAUUACUAGAAGAAAACACAUUUGGUGGAAAUUGAACAUAAAAAAAAUAAAAAGGGAAUUGUACGUGCAUGUUA